UCGUAUAUAACGUAGCGACAUUGUCCUAUCUCCACCAAGUGUUCACCUAUCCUACCUAUGUUUAUUGGUAAGGGACAACUUCGACUCUUUUAUCUGAACGAAACGGCGAUUUAGUGUUUGUGAGUGAUUUAGUUCUGGCCAUUUGAUAUCUUGUAAAUUGGUUUCGUUUGCGAUAUAUCAAACGCGCGUAUUUGUAAUUAAAAUAAGGCGCCAUUGAGCAUAUUUUGGAAUCAACGAACGGCUCAAAUAAACUGUCAAAUUUUAUUUAACUAAAAUAAAUCUGUAUUGAAAGCGUUUAUUAAAACAUUUGAACAUUCGAACCGAUUCGAACCAAGACGUUUCUCCAGAUUUCGGUACGUUAGCAUGUUAUUGGACAGUAAGCGAAACUCCAUAUAUAAUUAACAAAAGUCACACACACCAGUGCUACCAGACUCAACUACAUAAUCAUGGGUGCGGUGGAAGGUUUCAAAGGUGCCAGCCUGCUGGCCAAGGUAUCGCUGGUCUUGUUGUUGAUAGCGGCUCUGUUCUCGUGGAUCUCUUUUACGACCACAGGCUGGGCCAAGAUAGCCGUUGCUGUACCAGGGACUCCUGCGGUAUACACCUACACCUACUACGGGCUGUGGAGAUCGUGUCAAGGAAAUAACCUGCUAAUCGCUACCUGCGGCCAGCUUGACGGCACUGCAAACGACUGGUGGGCCGCCACGCAGGCAUUGGUAACCUUCGGCUUCCUCGGUAUCAACUUUGCCCUCUUCUUUCUUGUCCUCAAAAUGUUCGUCGGCGCAUGCGCGAAGAAUGGUGAAAUCGCCAUGGCAACAGCUAUCAUUUGCAUAGCAACUGGCGUUCUGUACCUAAUCGGCGUCAUAGUGUUCGGAGCCGAAUUCAACGAACACUUCAUCGAGCCGUACGGAUCAAUUCACAAAUUCGGCUUCGGAUUCGCCCUAUCAAUCAUAGCCAUGGUGUUGGAGAUCGUGGCCGGCGUUUUGCUUAUAGUUGACAACAAGAAAGGCGGGACAUCACCGUCAGCCUAGGUCGUCAGCACCACUUAGUUUAAAAACACAUUUAGCUCGUUUCUAGGUCAUGGAAUUUGAUCGCAAAUGUAAGCAGAGAUAUCGUUUAGAAAAUUGUUCAUAAAAUUAAGUAUCGGUACAAACAAUGUAUUGCCCCCAAAUUAUUUAAUGUCGUGAGGGAAAUUGCGCUUCUUUAUGUACAUUUUCUCUCGUUUUUGAACUGCGACAUCAUGUUUGCCAAAUCGUCAGUGUGUAACUUAUUAUUAAAGUUGUUUGUAAGUAAAUUUAUUUUGCUUGCAGGAUAUGAUCAUUCUUGUACAAAUAAUGUUUUCGUGUAAAAACAUUACAUCUGCUCAGCGAUGCCAACAACGUAGAUUUAGUUUCUCGAAAAAUCCCAAUCAUUCUUCAAAAGCUUAUCUCUGCACAAAUCAUCACCAGAACCAUUGUAGAACAGGAAAAAAAAAGGUUCGUAAAAACAUAAACAAAAAUCUCCACCCUCGUAUUUAUUCGCCCCUUUAACGAUAUUAUAUAUAUAUAUAUAUAUAUAUAUAUAUAUAUAUAUAUAUAUAUAUAUAUAUAUAUAUAUAUAUAUAUAUAUAUAUAUAUAUAUAUAUAUAUAUAUAUAUAUAUAUAGCCAUGACAGGGAAGGACAUGGUAAUUCACGACACUUUCCGCCUUAACUGGAUUUUUGAUAAGAAGAUAGUUCAUUAAAACGAAAAAUACCAUGUAAGCGGACAAUUUUGUCCGGACGGUACAGGCUCAUCAUGGCCGCAUAUGCAUAAAUUCCCGUUUUUUUUCCGGAGCGGGGCUCAUAUAUAGAAGCAUUCUGUGAUUUCAUUAUUAUUAAUGUAAUAAAAUCGUACUUUAUGGUGUUAUAAUUUAAUUGUAACCCGGGUAUAACAUUUACCUAAAGAGGUCCGUUAGCUCAAAGGAGACAAUAUCACGCUUACUAUUUUUUUUACUAUUUUAUAAACAUUAGGCCGUUUAAAGUUCUUUUUUUUGUGUGUUUAAGCGUAUUUGAAUGGCCGUACUUUAUUAUGCAAUUUCCAAUGAUGAUUGAUUCUGAUUAAGUAUAAUUAAUUUUAUAUUAUCAACGUGUUGUUGUUCUUG